AAAACCCAGAUUGUAAUAAAACCCUUUUUUUUCUUCCGCAAAACCCGAAACUUCCUCGUCUCGGCGUUAGUACAGAUGAGAAAGCUCUCAUCAUGGCGGACGCCGAUUCGUUGUACGACAUGAGUUCUGACUUGGAUAUGGAUCAAAGCGCCGUCGAUGCAGACGUAGAAGACGACGAAGUGUCUGGACAAAGUGCUGAAGCAGCGGCUCGUAAGAAGAGCAAGAAGAAGAAACGUAAGCAAAAGGACAUUGAAAGAUCCAGCGGAGAUUCUGAUAGCCAGGUGUUUGCUGAUGAAAAAGAACAUAGAAUUCCACGGAUUGAGGGCAAAAGUGAUCAAUCACAAUCAGGAAUUGAAGCUGAUUCGGAAGGAACAGAGUCCAAAAAUCAAGCCCCUCUUGACAAGGAUGACAAAGCUGUUACUAAAGAUGGUCAACCAGAGAAUUCCAAGCAUCAAUCUAUUGUAGCCGGUCUUCAGAAGAUUCAGUGGGCCAUGGAGUUACUCUCUAUGCCACAAGGUGCUCCAAAAAGUUUAGAAGAAGCCAACAAAAAGAAAUACCAGUUUUGGGAGACACAGCCUGUUCCUAAACUCUCGGAGAAAAUAGAUGAAAAUGUUAAUGAAUGUAUUGAGACUGACAAGCUCCCUGAUGACAUUCGUCAAGAAUCUUACUCUCUACCAGAUGGCUUUCAUUGGGAUACAUUAGAUAUCAACAAACCAGAUAUACUGAAAGAGCUGUACAUCCUUUUAAGUGAGAAUUACGUUGAAGAUGAUGAUAAUAUGUUCAGAUUUGAUUAUUCUCCUGAAUUUCUUCAAUGGGCAUUACAACCUCCUGGUUGGGUAAAGGAUUGGCAUUGUGGUGUACGAGUAACAAAGAAUGGUAAACUAGUAGGAUUUAUCAGUGCCGUGCCUGCACACAUUAAAGUAUAUAAAAAAUUUAAAGAUAUGGUAGAAAUCAAUUUUUUGUGUGUACAUAAGAAACUUAGAUCAAAACGGGUGGCUCCUGUUUUAAUUCGGGAGAUAACGAGACGAGUCCAUCAACGUGAUUUGUUCCAAGCUGUUUACACUGCUGGUGUUGUUUUACCCAAACCCAUAGCUUGUAGCAGGUAUUGGCAUCGUUCUUUAAAUCCUCGGAAACUCAUUGAAGUACGAUUCUCUCACCUGGGGCGCAAUAUGACAAUGCAAAGGACUCUAAAGUUUUAUAAACUACCUGACCAAACUAAAACUCCAGGUUUCCGAGAUUUAAGAAUAGAGGAUGUGGAAAAUGCCUAUCAGCUUGUAUUGAAGUAUCUCCAUAAAUUCGACCUAGCACCUAUAUUCAGUGAAAAGGAGUUUAGACACUGGUUUCUGCCACGUCCUGGAAUAGUAGACAGCUAUGUCGUUGAGAAUGAUGGUAAAAUUACUGACUUUGUCAGUUUCUACACUCUACCCUCCACCGUGAUGCAUCAUCCAGUCCACAAAACCCUCAAAGCAGCUUAUUCCUUCUACAAUGUCAGCACUCAGACGCCCUGGCUCGACCUUAUGCAAGACGCCCUUGUUGUAGCGAAAAAUAUGGGAUUUGAUGUUUUCAAUGCUUUGGACCUGAUGAACAACCGAGAAUUCUUAGAGAAAUUAAAGUUUGGCAUUGGUGAUGGCAAUCUACAAUAUUACCUGUACAACUGGAAAUGUACUCCAAUGGAGGCCCAUCAGGUUGGUUUGGUCCUCCAAUGAGAACUGUGUAUGUAUAUAUAAAGUCACUUAAAACCAUUUGUCUAUUUGCACUGAAGAAGAAGAAGAAAAUGAUGAUGGUGAUGGUGAUUCACUGAGCUGGUUGAGUUGUUUGCAGCUCUUCAAUUCCUCCCCUCUAACCAAUUCUACCACCACCACCACCACCACCCCACCAACAAUAACAACAACAACAAACCAACCAACCAAACAAUCAUUCAUUCACUGGACUGAAACUGCUGCUCUGCUGUGGCUUGCUUGCUUCUCUCACCCCUCCCCAUCCCCUACUCAUGGGGUCUACCAACAUUAUAAUUAAUCAAUUAUUAUUAUUAUUAUUAUUAUUAUUAUUAUUAUCAUCAUGAAGGUGGUGGGUUGGCCAAAUUGGUAGAGGGAACAGAAUGUUUCAGUUACAUCUCUUUGUGUUCUGAGUUCAAAUCCGACUGAAGCCAAGUUCACUUUUCUUCCUACCAAAAGUCGCUAACUUCUAAAGUACCAGUUAAAUACUGGUGUUAAAUUAAUCAACUGUAACGCCCCACAUCUUUUCCCCCCCAAAUUUGGGUUCUUUGCGCCUCUUAUUAUAAAAAUUAUUACUAUUUUGAUUAGUUAAGAUGGCAAGCUGGUAGAAUCGUUAGCAUACCAGGCAAAAUGCUUUGCGGUAUUUUGUCCAUCCUUACAUUCUGAGUUCAAAUUCCACCAAG